AUGCGUCCUACUCUCGCUCUCCGGGCUUUCCGCCCGACCCUCCGCAUGAGGUCGCCCGUCCCUGUGAGUUCUUCCUCGGCGAGGACCAAGCCGGUAUGUCGAAAUUUUUGCGAUGCCAUUGACGCUGACGGCAGCUUUUGGCUGGUUGAUCGGAACAAGAGGCGCCACACCGUCUCGCAGAGGCUUCGCAAGCUCAGGAGGAUCCCUCCCGAGUUGAUCCCCCUCGGUGUCGUCGUUGGCUUUGCCGUCCUCGCUGCCGGCUACUCCAGCAUCCGCCACUUCAUGGUUGAUGGCACCAUCCGCCUCAAGCGCCAGGGCCCCAAGCACAGCGACAGCCAUGACGAGGCGUCCCACUAA